AGAGCGAAGGUCAUCCUGGAUGAUGCAGCUCAUAUGCAAAUAUUGUACAUGUACAGGAUCACCCGAUGUUGUCAUGAGAUGAUGUGUGUGAAAAUGUGCAAAAGGGACGGAAUCAGGAUGAGCGAUGCAGUGAUAGCCAUUCUUUAAAAUUUAUUCUCUUCGUUGAAUUCAAGGUGUUUACCUUUGACGGUCCUAGCCAUGAGCUAUCAUCAGUUGCCACCUUCUUCCAAACUUUCCCUGGAGACUUGGCAAAAGGCCCAGCAAGAGCUGAACGAGGACACGUCCACCCGAGAUGCCUCCAUCCAAGCCGUCCGCGACCUGGUCGUCACUAGACCGGACGUGCGUUUCUUGCGCACCGACGAUGCAUUUGUCCUCCGCUUCCUGCGUGCCAGGAAAUUUGAUGUCACUGAGGCAUUUAAACUUCUGGCAAGGUACUUUGACAUCCGCUGGAAGAAAGCCCCUCUCCUGGCCAACAUCUCAGCCGAGGACACCAGCAUCCGUGAGUCUCUCCUCGGGGGAUUUCCAGCUGUCUUGGAAAACAUGGACCCCUUUGGCCGCCGGAUCAUAGUCUUCUUUGUCGCACACUGGGAAGAAUGGCUCUUCAGUUAUUUCCACAUCCUGCAAGCCUUGAUGCUGAGUUUGGAAUUUAUGCUGGAGGACGAAGACGCCCAGGUCAACGGUUUCAAUGUGAUCAUCGACUGGACUGGGGCGACAUUCAAACAAUUAGUCUCAUAUCUCAACCCGACCACAAUGAAACUUACAAUUGAGAUCUUUCAGGACAGUUUUCCUGGUCGUCUUGGCGGCCUUCAUAUGAUCAAUCAGCCAUGGUACAUUGAUGGCGCUCUCAGGAUCUGCAAGCCCUUCCUAAAAGACUCCACAAGAAGAAAGAUAUAUCUCCAUGGAAACAACCUGUCCACCCUCCACGCAGAGAUACACAAAGAAAUGCUGCCAGCCGAACUGGGCGGGUCUAACCCACCAUACAAUCACUUCUCCUGGGCCAAGAAGCUGAUUGGCUGCAACUUCAAGCCUAAUUUGCAUAACACUGCCCCGGUGCACCAUGGGAUCAGCUCUACUUCGGAUGAGGAAUCGGAAAGGUCUGACCUUCCUUCCAGCUGCUCCAACAUUGCUACACUGGAAGUCAGCAGUACAGAGCAGAAGUCAACAGACAGUAAGCCCCUUAUCGCCCUGGAAUAGUGGCGUGGAAAAGUAUGAUUUUGAUACAAAUCAACCAGAAAUUUGAAUAGUGAUUGGAUGAAUGUGCUGAAGCUUUCAAAAGAAUCUUCUACAAAAUAUGAGUUACAGUACGUACAUGUACAUCCAAUGACUUACCAUGCAUGGAAACACUCUUCUUGCUGAAGGGGAAUUCUGUGUUCCCUUUGGAAUUUAUGCUGGGCGUGUUUUUGCAAUCGCAACCAGAAAUAUGUUUCUGCUUUAGUUGGUUGUGACUGCAGUUAUGCCCAUGUAUGCCCAAGGAACGAAAGAGCUAGCAGCAAUUGUAAGUAACUUGACGGAUAUUACGAAGAAAUAGAAAAUGCAGGGUUUGCCAACAAUGGCAUCUGCUAUUUUUGUUAUUUGUUUCGCUUAAUUAGAUAACGAAAUCAUUGCUGGCCACCUUAAACAUGUUCCAAGUAUCUGCUCUGAUGCUACAAACACAUUUCUGGUUAGAGGUCAGGAAAGCAUGGCUCAGAAAGGACAGAUAUUGGUGACAGAGCUUUGAACGCUACUGCCAUUGCCAGUCUGUGCACAUUCAGAUGAAAAGUUGUCCUAGUGAUUUAAAGUUGAAUGGAAGUUUGCAUUUUUGGAUUUUGUUGUCUGGAUGCUUAUUCUUGUUUUUGACUAAAAUUCCCCACUUGAG